UUGGAUGCGACACGAUGUGGUCCAUCUCAUUUUUUUUUUUUUUUUUAUUCUCACGCUCUCUUUACGAGACUUCUGAAUCUGAACGCAUUAUUAUAGCCCACACCAUCUGUAUAUAAACUCCAUUGUUGACAUCUUAUAGUGUCAUAUUAUAAUUUCUUUAGAAACAUGGCUAAGGUGUACCCCUGCAAACCUGCUUCCUCCUCAUCUUGUUGUACUCAGAGUAAUAGUGCAAAGACAUAUACGAUAUGGAUGAAAUCGCUUGUAGCCAAUGGGAACGGAUUCACGGUUUAUGAUUCGUGCGGAAAAGUUGUUUAUCGCAUCGAUAAUUACAAUAACAAGUGCUGCAGAGAAGUUUAUCUCAUGGAUCUUCACGGAAACGUCCUCUUCUCCAUGUUUCAAAAGAAAUUAUUCGGAUUCGGACAAUGGAACGGCUAUAACACGGAUGCAAGAGCGAAGAAUGAGAAGCCAUAUUUUGAAGUUCAUAACACUAGCAAGUUUCUGAAGAGAAGAGAGACAGAGUAUCAUGUAAAUAUGCGAUACGACGAUACUAGCUUUUACAAGAUUAAAGGAACGGAAGGGAAAUCGGAAUUUAACAUAUCAGACAAGAACGGGAGAGUGGUUGCAGAGGUGAGACAGAAGCAAUCUUCAUCAGGAGUUUUGUUAGGACAAGAUGUGUUGAGCUUGAAGUUAGAGUCUGGUCUUGAUGAUGAUUCGUUUGUCAUGGCCCUUGUGGCUGUGCACGGAUUAUUAACGAGAAAAAUGUAAAUUUUAUUGUUAAAUCGAUUCAUUAGCAGAUUUUAUUUAAUGGAAAGGUUUUAGGUAUA